ACAGGAGCUAGGGACGUGACAAAAGGGAAAAUAACUUUUUUUUAAUUCCAGCGAUCCCUAGAACCCGGCCUGAUAAAGCAGUCUCGAGCCUAAUCGCAAAGCAUUUAAAGCUCCACAACCUGGACCCUACACCAGCAUCUACGAUACUUAACUAGCCCCGGCGGCGUUAGGGACGAGAAACCCAGCCCCUGGCUCUAAACUAGACAGCCAAUCCAAACUGCCAGAAUCGGUGAAUGUACACUUUCCUCCAGCUCGUGACUACAAUUUCCGGCAUCCAUUGGGCUCCAAGGUCCGCCCCCUUGCCUGGGGGCAGAGCCCAGGACGCACCUCCCAGCGGCCGCUCGCCUCUCCCCCUCGUGGCAGACAGUGGUGCGGGGGGCAGGUUGCGGGGAGUACCAUGUGGUGCAGUGACUCUGGUUGCCGGCUUUGGUCCUUCUGAACUUCUCAGUUCUGUGAGCCUGCGCCCAGCAGAGAUGCCGAAAGUCAAGUCGGGGGCGAUCGGCCGGCGCCGCGAGCGGCAGGAACAGCGCCGGGAGGUGAAGAGCGCCGGAGGACUUAUGUUCAACACGGGGAUUGGGCAACACAUUCUGAAAAAUCCUCUCGUUGUUAACAGCAUUAUCGAUAAGGCUGCCUUAAGACCAACUGAUGUGGUCCUGGAAGUUGGACCUGGAACCGGCAACAUGACUAUAAAGUUGUUAGAAAAGGCAAAAAAGGUAGUUGCCUGUGAACUUGACCCAAGGCUAGUAGCUGAACUUCACAAAAGAGUUCAGGGCACAUCUCUGGCCAGCAAACUUCAAGUUAUGGUGGGUGAUGUGUUGAAAACAGAUUUACCAUUCUUUGAUGCUUGUGUGGCAAACUUGCCGUAUCAGAUCUCUUCUCCUUUUGUCUUCAAGCUGUUGCUGCACCGACCUUUCUUCAGAUGUGCUAUACUUAUGUUUCAAAGAGAAUUUGCUCUCCGACUGGUUGCAAAACCUGGAGAUAAGUUAUACUGCAGACUCUCUAUUAAUACACAGCUGUUAGCACGUGUAGACCAUCUAAUGAAAGUCGGAAAGAAUAACUUCAGACCACCACCCAAGGUAGAAUCCAGUGUUGUAAGAAUAGAACCUAAGAAUCCACCACCACCUAUCAAUUUUCAGGAAUGGGAUGGCCUAGUGAGAAUCACCUUUGUUAGGAAAAACAAGACACUGUCUGCUGCAUUUAAGUCAAGUGCUGUGCAACAGCUGCUGGAAAAAAACUACAGAAUUCACUGUUCAGUCCAUAAUACUAUAAUACCAGACGAUUUCAGCAUAGCAGAUAAAAUACAGCAAAUCCUAACCAACACAGGUUUUAGUGACAAACGGGCCCGUUCCAUGGACAUAGAUGACUUCAUUAGAUUGCUACAUGGAUUCAAUGCAGAAGGUAUCCAUUUUUCUUAGGUAUCUGGAAAGCAGAAUUUUUCAAGGUCAAGAAAACUGGAAUUUAUAUAUUUUUAACAGACUGAGAAUAUACGAACUGUUUUAUACCACUGGGACAAUAUUUGCUUGACUACU